AAACAAACAUGCAUUGGCGGUUGAUUUUACUGCUCAAUUCUACAACAAUAAAUCCUGAAUUUCUAUGAAAACCAACUGCGUGUAAUAUUUACGGAUUAUCUAAUAAAUGCUUUGCACAAUGGAAUUAAGUUAUAAAUAAAGAGGGAUUUCAUCGCUUUUUUGUCUAUAAUGGCAGGAAGGGGCAGAGGGCAGCUCACUUUCUCUGUGGAGAUUGUUGGAAUCGGUAAAGGAGAAAAUCUCCCUCCAUCCUCCGUCCAGCCGACCCCUCUAUUCCCUCCUUUGGAUCAGAAGCCGGUGCCCCUGCAGACGGGUGAGGAGGCCGAGUACAUGCUGGCACUCAAACAGGAGUUCAGAGGAGCCAUGAAGACGCUCCCCUUUUACAUCCGUCCAGCUGCACCCAAGAAAGAUGUGGAGCGUUACUCUGACAAAUACCAGAAAAUUGAAACCUCUGAUAACAGUUUGGAAUGGAAGCCAGAUUGGAGGCGUUUUCCGAAGGAGCUGCGCAUGAGAGAGAAGAGACCCCUGAGAGACAAUAAGGGAGCAGGUGAGGCUGAUGCGCUCAUGAAUGAGUGUGUAAAGACGAGCCGAACCAGCAGGUCUGCGCUUCGCUCUCUGACUCAUCGGCGUCUCUGGGGAAAUCAGAGAGAUGGCUCUCAGCCGCGCUGCACACACAUCUCCAGAAUGAAAGGAUGGAGAGAAAGAGGAGAUGAGAGAGGGAUGAAGGUUUAGGCUUGAAGAGCGUCUGUCACCAAGAGAGGAGAGAAGAUUAUUUUUAGUCCUUCUGUGUCUUUUGUCAGAGGAGCUGUGAUCAAUGAGUUGAUGUUAUUAUGGGAAGAUGUUGCUGAUGUCAUUUCCACAGUCAAAAACACGGUUUUGCU